GAAUUCCCAUGGAUAGCCCUAUAAAAAAACCCCCUAAACUUCCUUUCCCCCACAACUCCAUUGUUCUCACACCACUUUCUAAAACUUCUUCUCAAAUCACCAUUAUUCUCUCUCUAACUUUCUUACACAACUACGCCAUUUUUCUUCUCAAAUUCCAAAAAAAAACCGCUUACUCAAAUUUCACAGUUUAACAAUGGAUUCUUACCAUGAAAUCGACACCAUUAAAAUUGAGAAACAAAAAGCGAUGCAACGAUACAAUAAUUUCAAAAAAAUCGCUAACAUUGUUCGAACUCUUGAAAUCGUCGUCGCAAUUACGCUCAUCUCUUACUCAAUUUCCUUCACUUCUUCGUAUUUUCCUGCCGCCGUUGAAUUCUCCGCCGUAUUUUUCCGGCGAAUUUCAUCUCUCCUCUUUAGUCCUCACUUCGUUUUCCUUGUCGGAAACGUUAUCAUUAUCACACUCUUCGCUAAAUCCUCCGGCGAAAAUAAAUCAUCUGAUAAAUCCGGAGAAGAAAUCUUAACAUGUUCCGAAAAUCUCGAAGACGAAUUAUUCGCCGAAAAAAACCCUUCCGAUGAAAAAAUAUCCGAGAAUUCCGGAGAAUCGGAGAAUGUCGUCGGCGAAUCUCCGGCGAAUAUUCCGGUGAUAGAGGAGAGAGAAAAUGAGGAAAAAGUGUACAGGAGAACUCAAUCAACGGUGGAGAUGACGGUUGUGAAGGAGGAUAAGAAGGAACUCCGGCGAUCAACGACGGAAGUUCGCCGGAAAAUCGGAAAUGUAGAGAAAUCAUCGGCGAUUUUUAGGAGGAGAGAGAAUCGAAAAUUUGAAGAAGAUGAAUUGAGUAAUGAAGAGUUUAACAAAAAAGUCGAAGCGUUCAUUGCGAAACAACAGAGGUUUUUAAUGGAAGAGAAAUUAGCUGUUGUUGUGAGUAAUUAAUAAUUAAUUAAUUAAUUAAGAUUUGAAUUUGAGUAAUUAGUAGUGAUAAAUCUAUGAUAAAUGUAAAAUGUUUAAGAGCAGAAAAACAGAGUAUGUUAGUUACUGGGGGGAAGUAGUAAGUAGUAGUGAGUGUUGGUUUUUUAACACUUUCUAUGAAAUUUUCUACUACGUGAUCUUUUUUUCAAACUUUUUUUUACUGUUUAUUGUACAGUAUUAAGAUAAUUAUAAUAAUAGUAAAAGUGUUACUAGCAAGUAGCAACCUUGUUCUUGAAGUUUUGUUGAUGUACUUCAAGUCUUCAAUGGUGUUUUAAGUUGUCUUGCAUUUAUUUUUCCGUUAAAUUAUGAAAUGGAUAAUAUAUUAAUAUUUAAUUAUCAAA